UUGAAUUAAGAUACACCUGUUAGAGUGCCUCACCAUUCUACUGCUGGUAACCAGGCCAACACGUUUUCACGGUGUUCCAUAUCCAUAAAUAAAACAUAUGGACAUCAGUACUUGGGAAACGUGGACUGUUUAAUGACCAGCGAGUAGUUACAGUGAAAACGUGGCCUAAUUCCAUUCUACCAAAGUCUACUUCGGCUUCAGCGUGCGGCUUCUCGCGUCUGGGUCUUUGUGUGCGGUUCGGCUGCUUCCUGUGGUGAUAGAGGCUGCUGUCUUCGGCGCGCGACUCUAGUGCGGUAUUCCUGGAUCUUUGAGUGCUGCUAUUCAACUGUAUCCUGUGGCGAACUGGGUUCAUCGUGCAGCCGGUGCCUCAUUUCGUAGGACUGAUUGUUGCAAGUUUCAGCGUGCAACUAUGCGUCUUCCUCCCGUGCUGGUUUGUUGCGGGUUUGGCGUGCAGUUGUGAUACAUCCCGAUGGAGGACUUUUCUCACGCAGCCUUGAUCCAUCCGUGCAUCAGAAGGUCAGACUAUAAAAUAUUAAAUGCUAUCUUUGGUAAAUAAUGGAUGGUUUUGGAAGUUAAAAUAAAAUUGUUGCAAGACAAAGUUGCCUAUAAUCAGAGAACAAUGUAAGAAAGAAAUGUCCUAGUGACAACUGGUUCUUUAUUUGCUUUGGUUGAAAUAGUGUUUAAAAUUACAGAUUCAAGUGUGAUUACUCUAUUUAAGGGUGUUUCACUGUUAUUUACGGUUAUUUCAUUAUAUAUUUUGUACUGUUGUUUAAAGUGUCACAUUUUUAAGAGUGGAAAUGUCAGUUCAGGGUGAUUUAGCUGAGCAGAAUGAAUCUCUAUUACAAGAGCAAGCAGUCUUAAUUGGUGAUAUACCAGAGUAUGAAGUUACUGAGCAUGUCGUGAGAGAUCGCCAUGCAUCAUGUACCACAUGCACUGAAAAAUCUGAGGCAAGACUCAAAGAGCUUAAUUCUGCUUUAUUAAAGACUAAUGAAAUUAGAAAAUCUUCCCGUGAUAAACGUUUAACACCAAAGAUGCAGGAGUUAAAAGCGCAAGAACUGGUUCAAAGGGAAAGGAAGUUCAAAUCUGUAUAUGAGAAUUGGAAGAUCCAUGUCAGAGAUGUUCGUUUAAAGUUAAAACAUGAGUGCUCUGAAAGUGAUUUGUGUGACAUGAUGGAUGGGGUUGAGAAGAAAGAGUCUGAAUUGAAAGAUUUAUAUGAUAACAUGCGACUCCAAGCAGUACCAAGUCAAGAAAUUAGGAGAAAAAUUGAUGCAUGUUCAGCUGUGACGGCAGACUUGAUGAAAAUAAUGAGGGUACGUUUAGUGGAGGAUGGCAUGGAGUUUGAUGCCGAAGCCGAGAAAGCUAGAUUGCGUAUGCUGUUGGACUGUGAGUAUGCUAGGUCCAUAUACGGAUCCACAGUUUCUAGAGCCACAGUUGUUAGUAAUCAGUCUAAGCCCUCUUCAGAGUCUGCAAGCAUUUCCGCUAGAAGAGCAGAGACUGCUGCGUUGUUAGCUGCAAAGAAAGCAGAAAUGGAAAUGGAGGCUGACAUUGAUGCACAAAGGCAGCGAUUGAAGAAGCUUGAAAAUCGUAGAGACAUUGAGGUUAUGGAAGCAAGGCUUCGAGUGUAUACUGAGGAGGAGUCAAGAGUGAAAAGUCAGCAGUGUGGUUCAGCCUGUAGUGAUGUGAGCGUUCCCAGCCCCCUGGUUCCUAAUACAUCAUGUUUGAAUCAGCAAGUCACAAAAAGUGAAGUAUCCGUAGUACAGGCAUUACAGGAGUCAGUUGCCCUAUCUCGACUUCCCGUUCCGGAACCCUUUGUAUUUUUUGGUGACCCACUUAAGUUUAUAGAGUGGAGUACAACCUUUAAGGCUCUUAUAGAGAGACGGUGUCUGAAUCCAGCAGACAGGCUGUUCUAUUUGCAAAAGUAUAUUGAUGGUGAAGCAAGAUCAGUUUUGAAAGGCAGUUUUUAUAGGAAAGAUGAACAAGCCUAUCAGCAAGCCUGGGAGAAGUUAAAUGCUAGAUAUGGUCACUCCUUUGUGGCACAACGUGCCUGUAGAGAGAAACUUAAUAGGUGGCCUAAAAUUGGUGCAUCAGAGUACGUUAAGCUAAGAGAGUUCAGUGACUUCUUGCAAUCAUGUAGUGAUGCUAUGCCGCACAUCAAGGGUCUUCAGGUGCUGAAUGAUUGCGAAGAGAACCAGAAGAUACUGGUCAAGCUUCCCAAUUGGGUGACGAGCAGGUGGAACCGUUAUGUCACAGAACAGCUAGAUCAAGAUAAAGAUUAUCCGAGCUUUAGUGAGUUUGCUUCAUUUGUCUCAAAGGAAGCACGCAUAGCGUGCAAUCCUGUGUCAUCGUUGUAUGCAUUAAAGAUCUCUGAAGAAAAGCCAUUGAAGGAGAUAAAGCGUUUAAGAGUAAACACGUUGGCAACCACUGUGAAUGAUUUAGAUGCAGCAUGUGCUAUGGCAAAUUCCAGCAAUAUUAUUGACAGCAAGAUUAAAGAGUCUAGUAAUUUGAAGAGUACACUGGUGCAUGGCACAAAUUUAGUUAAAUGUAUGUUCUGUGGAGAGGGUCAUUCAAUCCAUAAAUGUCAAAAACUAAUGGAAGUGGCUGUGGAGGAAAAGAGAAAGUUUGUUAUGGGGAAUAAGUUGUGCUUUGCAUGCUUAAGAAGGGGACAUGGCUCCAAAGAUUGCAGAAAUCGGGCCAUAUGUGCUGUAUGUAAGAAGUACCACCCAACUCCAUUGCAUGAAGAUCGUCAGCCAGUAAAUGAGUUACAAUCACAGAUAGUUUUGCAGGCUGAAGAGAGUACAUCUUCCCUAGCAUGCUGUGUGAAUGGGGAAGGCGGUACAACAUCUAUGAUCGUUCCAGUAUGGCUGUCUUCUAGCUCAGAGUCUGAAGUCCUUGUUUAUGCCUUAUUAGACACUCAAAGUAGUCACACAUUUAUUGAUCAGGAAGUGUGUGAAAGUUUGCAGGCAUCAAUGGAACCGGUAAAACUAAAGCUUUCCACUAUGAUGGGAAAAGACUCCAUUGUGGAGAGUCAGAGAGUCUGUGGGCUUAGAGUGAGAGGGUUUUCUUUAGACAGCUCUAUCUACCUGCCUCCCGUUUAUACAAGGGAUUUCAUUCCUUUUGAGCGUACACACAUUCCCACCUGUGAGACUGCUUAAAGGUGGAGACAUCUAGAA